AUGGACAUAGCUGUACUGCCAAACAACAAUCAUCCAGAGAAAUUCCUCCAGCUGGAUGUAGGAAUGUUGCCAGCUACACAUGGAAUGUUCCAGAUUGGUGCUGCGUUGUCUCGACAAAGGCAGUGGCACAACAGGAUGUACUCGCAGCGUGAACGCAGCCUACUACGUGCAAAAGAAAUGGAAGGAAAGCCAUCAGCAGACAGUCAUGUGUUUGAAGACAGAGAGCUGGAGAAGCACAUUACUCCUCAAACCCUGAAACCAAAGAUCAAGCAGAACCCUCUCUUUUCUCACAUCAGCAUCAUCGACAUAGAGGAGAGCAAGUCCAAACCAUCCUGGACCAUUCAGGACUAUGACAGACACACUGCACAUGGUCAGCUGGCUGACUAUAUGAAGGAGGACCCAAGAGAGCUGAACUUCUGGUUGGAAGAUCUCUACACCCCCGGCUUUGAUUCACUCCUCAAAAAGAAAGCAGCUGAAAUGAAGAGGAGCAAAUUUUGUAAAAUAUUUGCUGCCAUCAUUCUGUUAGUUUGUGUGGUUGUGAUUAUUAUUACAGUGCCGAUAGUGGUAUCACAAUCAAGAAAUUGA